GUAAAAUACUAAUAGGGAAGGCAACAUACUGCAUUUCCGGGCGACUUCCCAGUUGUUUUCAUACUCUCGCGAGUGUUCAAUGGUUCUCAUGCUUCACGUGGGUCCCGCACAUAUGAUGCGUUUUACGAAUCCUUUCCUUUACUUCAGUUUCUCAGCUGCGUUGUUUUCCGAUCGAUAGUCGUUCAUAUCAAAUUUCUUUGGAGACGAAGACGUAUCUGUGGUUCUUGUCUGAAGUUUUGUUUGUUGCUUCGCUCGGUGGUUGCAGUGUUUGUGUUGGUUAAAUUAAAGAGAUAUGGAUUACGACUUGAUCUCUCAGCUGCAAAUUUCCAAUCGUCAAUGGAAAAUCAAAGCAAAGAUCUUACGAUUGUGGGAUUCCAUAAACCACAAUCAAAAUGAACUGCUGAUCAGUGUUGAUGCUUAUAUCAUUGAUGAAAAGGGUGAUAACAUUUUGGUAACAAUAACACCAGAGAAUGCAGAAUAUUUCAGGGCUGUGCUUCAUGAAGGAGAUGUUUACUUUUUCAGUAAUUUCUCAGUGUUUCCAGUAAGAAAUACUUAUCGGCCAUGCCCAAAUAAAUAUAUGCUCAAGUUUGAUAAGAGAACAAAGAUUCAGAAAGCGGUUGAUGCAAAAGAUAUCUUUCCUCCAGAAAAAUUUCAUUUCAUUAGUUUUGAUGAAAUGGAAUCCAGAAUCCAAAACAAAGUUUAUCUUACAGAUAUGAUAGGACAAAUAGUGAAUGCCGGAAAUCUGCAACAAGUAUUCACUAACAAUAGGAUGGUCCAUCUCAGAAAGAUAGAAUUUGAGGAUGAAAUGCUAAACUCCAUAUCAGCUACACUAUGGGGACAACUAGCAAUGGAGUUUGAUGAGCAAAAGGUAUUUGAGAAGACAAAAACACAACCAGUCAUCAUCAUUUGUGCAGGCAUGACGGUAACAACAUUUUCAGGUAAAACCAUCUUGAGUAGCAUAUCUGCAUCGAGGGUCUAUAUUGAUUUGAAGAUCCCAGAAGUUGAUCAAUUGAAAAAAAAGUAUGUAACCCAUCAAAUCUUUAGAUUUGCUGCAAAUUCUAGAAUAAAAAAUAGUGUGCCCUGCAGGAUUAUUCAGCCUAGGAUUCUCCAAAUUAUACCAAGUACUCAGGCAACCAUUACCAACCCUAUUGUUGAGAUGAAAAAAAAUAGAAAGACAGUUGCUGAACUAUUGUUGCUAGACAUGAAGAAAGAUGCCCAUCAGAAAUUCACAUGCAGGGCAAAAAUCAAGAACAUAGAUGUCACUGAUGGAUGGUGGUAUCCUUCCUGUCCUACUUGUGGCAGUGCAACAAAGCCAUACGAAGAUGCAAAUCUAUGCUCAUUAUGUAGUGUCAUUAAUGAGAUCCCAAUACCACGUUACAUACUCAAUGCAACUAUCAUGGACGAGACUGGAGAAGCAUUAUUCACUUUUUUUGAACGUCAAGCGGAAAAAAUGAUUGGAAUCUCAGCUGCCACUAUUGCAUCAAUGGAGGGCUCAAAUCGAUAUGUCCUUCCCCAAAUAAUAACUGAUGUCUUUCCAAUGUACCGUGUUUUUCAAGUGAUGAUUAACCAGAACAACAAAAGAGUGAGGUCCAUAUGUUUUAAGGUGUCAAGCAUAUAUGAUGACAAGAUAUUUUCUCAAAUAACUUCUGGAGAGUUAGCAGGGUAUGUUGAAAUUGGGGAAAAAGUUACUCAGCAAAAAAGCACAAUCGAUGUAUUGUCUCAGGAGUCUGGAAUAUCAGAUACUUUCAUCAGUGAUCAAAUAAUUGGUUUAGAAUCAGAUAUUCAGGUCCACACCCCUCAAAAAUCAAGGUCAAACAUAAGAAGGAGACAAGUUAACCAAUUGAAGUUGGAGGAUUCUGAUGCAUCUCUCUCUGAUAAUGAGCUCAUAUCUAUGUCACUGCAACACAAAGGCAAACAAAAGAACAGGGGAACAAUGACCAUAAGGGAGCCACAAGAGAGCACCAAGAAACAAAAGAAGGCUGAUGUUCACAACAAGAAUAAAGGCAAAAAACCAGCAGACUGAAUGACAUCGUUAACAACCGUGCAUAUAGUCUUUUGUGAAUAAGCUUUUGUGUGGUUUAUAGUCUUUUGUGAAUAAGCUUUUGUAUGGUUUAUAGUUUUGUGAAUAAGCUUUUGUGUGGUUCAACAUGAUGAGUGAAGUCUUUUGUGAAUAAAUAACAUAUGGUCUUUUGUGAAUAAGUUUUUGUGUUGUUCAACAUGAUUUGCUUUAUUAACAGCGGUUGGACACUUUGA